UCUAUCUCUCUGUCCAUCAGCUCUGAGCAGCAUCAGCAUCAUCAGCAGAAGCUUCUCCUCAGAGAUGGAGAGCUGGUGAAAGUGUAGCCGGCUGCUCUCGCUCCCCCACCACCUCCUCUUCCUCCUCCACCACCAGCACCACCUCCGGCUCGCUCCGGUGGAUGUUGGAUGUACCAUGAGGUCUCCGCGGCUGUGGGCGGCUCUGUGCCUCCUCCUCACCGCCUCCUGUCGGCUGUGCGCGGCCGCACGACACGGUUGCUUGUUCGAGAAGAAGCUCUGUCCCAGAGAACAGCUGUGCAACGAUGACGGUUUGUUCGGACAGUGCCGGUCUCCUCACCAGGAGCCCGUCCAGUACCAGGUGUCUGUACCUGUCCUGCACAAACUGCAGGAACUCCUCAAAGAGCUGAUGGUGCAAGGUCUGACGUGGAGGGAUGACGUCACGCAGGCGAUCAUCAGCCGAGAGCUGAGCCACGUUCCCACCGUCAGCUCCUCCUCUAAACUGUAUGAAAAAAAGCCCAAAUUGCCCUCCAGAGUGUCUGGCUCCAGUCAGCAGAGGGUUCAGGACCCCCAGGAUCAAGCUGACCCCGAGAUGAUGCAGCAGUUUGUGGACUACAUGAUCCUCGACCCUUCCCGGUCCUCUGUGCACAUGCAGACGCCCAUGAUGGACCCGUACACCUACCACCAGCAGCAGUUCGGCUAUCAAGACGAGGAGGAACGCUCCCUCAACUCUCUCGACGACAAUCCUGCCUUCCUCGCCCCUCGCUCCAGAUCUAGGGGAAAUCCUCUGGACCAAGACCGUCAGCUUCUCCAGGACCUGCUGUCCCUUUAUCUCACCUCCCCUUCCUCCUCUUCGUCCUCCUCCUCCUCUUCCUCCUCCUCUUCAUCCUCACCUGUGCAGUCCCUCUCCCGUCAGAGAGGAGCAGUGGCAGCAGCAGCAGCAGCUGCAGCGUCGGGUUUCCCCUCUUCACUGUCCUCCUCAUCGUCUUCCUCAUCCUCCUCCUCCUCCUUCUUCCCGGAGCUGGACUUUCCCCUGGACUAUGGUGAGGACUACAUUUCCCAGAUGUCCCAGCUCAGCAAGCAGCAGCAGCAGCAACAGCAACAAGAGCAGGCAGAGAAGAAGACACAGAAGGAUUACAGUGCCCUGUCAGGACUGGAUGAGAAAUCUCUGCAGAGACUGGCUCUUCUGCUCGAUCACUACGGCCUCGACGUGAAGGAUCUGACGCCCGAGCAGAAAGACAACGUGCCGGCCGUUCUGAAGCAGCUGCAGCUCGAGACCUCCUACUCCAAACAAACCAAAGACAAAUAUGGAAACAACGCUGCCUCAGGAAAGAAGGUCACGGAGGAAUCAGUGGGAUACAAGAUGGUCGCUCCAGAGGCUCCGCCCUCCACGUUCAACGCCCCCAAAGCGGCCGGACGCCAGAAAGAGACGCCCGCCUCUGUCACCACCAACAAACUGGACAAACCGGGAGAGAAGGAAGCGUCUGCCAAGACGGACGAGUUUGGCUACGUCGUCACUAACCAGAGCCCCCUCAGUCUGAACGACGGGGUGCGACUGUUGCGGCUGUUGUCAGAGAGGAUGGGCCUCUCCAGCGGCUCCCUCGUCAACAUCAGUGUCGUCGGACCUGCCAUCACCUACAGGAUCAGACCCAACUCCAAGAAUCUGACCGCACAAGCAGUGGCAGAGGCAGCAGUUGCUGAGAAAAACUUCCUGGGGUCGGAGACGGGACUGAAGGUGCUGCAGAGCGGUGUCGGAGAGAGGAAUGAUGGGAAAGCGUUGCCCCUGGCGACUCGAGUGCAACCCGGCUCCCGCUGGGUGUUUGCCACGCUGGUGGCCAUGGCCUGCAUCGGCGGCAUGCUGGUGGCCGUCAUGACCAUCGCCUGCCUCCGUCACCACGCUCACCGCCUGGCUGCCAAGAAACUCGGGCUCGGACCAGAGGGAGGCAGCUUCAGCCACCAGGAGUACCAGGACCUGUGUCGCCAGCACAUGGCCUCCAAAGGCGCCUUCGGACGCAUGGAAGCCGCCGCCCUGGGCGCCGUGGGAGGAGCCGGUGGAGGAGUUACCGGUGUUGGGGGAUCAGGAGGAGCAGGAGGAGGAGGAGGUGGAGCAGGAGCAGUGGGAGGCCUUGGCGGCGGUGCAGACUCCAGAGUGAGCAGUGUGUCGUCACAGUUCAGCGACGGAGCUCAGCCCAGUCCCAGCUCCCACAGCAGCACGCCGUCAUGGUGCGAGGAGCCGGCGCAGGCCAACAUGGACAUCUCCACGGGUCACAUGAUCCUGGCCUACAUGGAGGACCACCUGAGAAACAAGGACCGUCUGAUGAAGGAGUGGGAGGCUCUGUGUUCCUAUCAGGCCGAGCCCAGCGCCGUCUCUGUGGCACAGAGCGACGCCAACGCCAAGAAGAACCGCUGCCCUGACUCUGUUCCCUACGACCACUCCAGGGUGAAGCUGAAAGAGAUCAACCCUUCACGCUCUGACUACAUCAACGCCAGCACCAUUAUCGAGCACGACCCCCGGAUGCCGGCGUACAUCGCCACCCAGGGCCCGCUGUCGCACACCAUCUCAGACUUCUGGCAGAUGGUGUGGGAGAACGGCUGCACUGUGAUUGUGAUGAUGACCGCUCUGGUGGAGGACGGAGAGAAACAGUGUGACCGCUACUGGCCCGAUGAAGGCUCCUCCCUCUACCACAUUUAUGAGGUGAACUUGGUGUCCGAGCACAUCUGGUGCAACGACUUCCUGGUGAGAAGUUUCUACCUGAAGAACGUGCAGACGCAGGAGACCCGGACACUCACUCAGUUCCACUUCCUCAGCUGGCCAGCACAGGGCAUCCCUACCUCCACACGCCCCCUACUGGACUUCCGCAGGAAGGUGAAUAAGUGCUACAGAGGACGAUCGUGCCCCAUCAUCGUGCACUGCAGUGAUGGAACUGGCCGUACAGGGACUUACAUUCUGAUUGACAUGGUUCUGAACCGCAUGGCUAAAGGUGUAAAAGAGAUCGACAUUGCUGCGACGCUGGAGCAUGUUCGUGACCAGAGGCCUGGAAUGGUUCGCACCAAGGACCAGUUUGAGUUUGCACUGACUGCUGUCGCAGAGGAAGUCAACGCCAUCCUCAAAGCUCUGCCCCAGUGAAACCAGUACGAUCCAGAACCGCCACCAGUCUGACUCUCGCGCCCCCCCUCGCCCUUCAGCCUAAUGUUUGCUUUCCCCGUCUGUGAUGACAACGAUCGUUGUCAUGAUCAUUGUCUUUCUGUUUGUCGAGUAAUGCCUUGAAUUGUAAUGUCACACAACGUAAAAGUAAAAAAAGAAAAUGUUAUUGGACGAGUUUAAAUCAAGCAGGCAAAUCUCUGAUUUUAAAUAUUUGUGGUGCAGGUGUGAUGUGUUCAGGGACGUUCGGAGUGUAAUGAAUACUUUAUAUCUGGAUGAAAAUCACAGCAGGAUAAGGAAAUGUAUUAAAAUAAAAUAAAAUGAAAAUUGAGACGCAUGUCCCAUCACAGUGGAAACGAUCAGUAAUAUUUUCAAAUCCCUCUGGAGUCCACAUUAAUUCUGACUUUGAGAUGUUGACAUUAUAUAAAAAGAAGUCUGUUUUCUGUUAUAACCAGAUAAUUAGCAUAAUUUGUUUACUUUAUUAAUAAAUGUUUUUUAUUUAUUAAUUAAUUAAUUUAUUACAUUUACUAGUAAAUUUAUUCCAGUUUUUACAUGGAAGUAAAACAAAGAUAUUUCUUUUACGAUAUUAAAUGAUCUUUCUUGUGUUAUAAAUAUGACGCUCAUGGAUGAAUAGCAAGACGCCGGAGAGUUUUUGAAACAUUACUAUUGUUCCUCGUUAUGCCUUGACAACUUCUCUGACCAUGUUUUCCAACACUGAAUGCAUUGUGCUGUAACAUCUUCCUGCAUGUAAAAGAUGAUUUAAACAUCAGAUUCUGGUCGCUGUCAAAUCUCAGUGCCACAUACACCUAAAUUUCCCUCUUGUACGUGGUUAAAGUUUGCUAAAAUUGUCUUGGAUUGUUAAAAUUUCGACCGAAAUACAAGAGGUUUUCCAGGAGCGUGAGUGAUGAAGUCGAGAGAUGUACGUUCCUCACCUGAUGUGACUUACACCUGCAGAAAAACACAAAACUACUGUGUCCUUCUCUUUGUUCAUUCCAAUCAUUUAAAGUGGGUAAAUUGUUGUGUACCUCAUGCAAGUAAGAAAAUGAUAUAAAAAAAGAAGAAAAGAAAUGCUAUUCUAUGUAAAAUAAGCUAUUUUGUAUCUGUGAGAUCUCUAAUAAAUCUUUUCGUGUUAACCGCUGCAAUCAA